AUGGAUAACCCAUUACGAAGUUCUGAGAUUCGGGCUGAACGUAAAUGCUUCCCUGUGGAAUAUUGGGAUUUUUGCAUUACUGAAAGAAGUCGGAAGUUCAGAUUUUGUGUCGAAUUACCUGAAGAUUGUACAAGAUGGGAGGCUUUGAAAAAUGCUGCUGCUGCCUCAUCUUUUUUUGGGGUUGGGGUUUUGGGGGGGUUCAAGAAAUUUGAAGCUAGCUACUUUGUAUCCUGGGUUGAAGAGAUAAAAAACAAUAGAGUCACUUUCUUGAAGAUUUCAGAGAAGUCUACAAAAGGAAGAGUGAAUCGUUUAAUGGUCCCAAAUGUUAUGGAGGUAGUGGGUCAAGGAAUUUGGAAAUUUGAUUCUGAAAGCUUGUUUGGGAGAGUACAGAUCCACUGGAAUGCACAUAUUCAAAGAUGGGUUAGGGCUAUUCUUACAAAUUUGCCUAAGGAAGAAGAUUUGGGAGAUUUCAUGGUGGCGUUGCAGCAAGAUGGCCAAGAGAUCAGUAGAGAGAAAGGUCUGAAGAAGGAUUGUUUUGGAAUCUUAGAAAGGCUGGCGAUACCCUCGAAUCAUGAUUUGCAUCUUUUCGUGGAAUUUGAUGAUGAAAGGAAAGAGCUUUUGGAAAAAGAGUUGAUUUCCUAUGGAAAAUUUGAGGAAGAUGCUGAAGAGGAUUUCUAUGGAGUUGAAGCAGUCAAAGUUGAUUCAGAGUUGGGAUCCAACUCGGAAUAA